CGAUCCGGGUGCUCCACCGAGAGUUCGCAACAGAUCUUGUCUCUUCCCUACUUGCUCGAAUCGAUUUCCCACUUGGUCAUCCUUCAUUUACUAGCGCUAUCUGACCCGUGCGGCCUCACGAGGGGUGCUAAUCAUAAUCAUGUCGGCCACCGCGGAUUUCAAAGUCGAUCCCGCAUCUCCCGCCCCCGGCGACACAAACCUGACUUCUCAACCCCCAGCCAUCGAAUCUGAGGAGCUUUCGGGCCCCACCGCUCACGAGAAUGCCCAACUGGAGAGCCAGGAGCCCAGUUCGUCGGAUGCGAAACCCACGGAGGGUGAUGAGAACACUACGUCAGCCUCUGCCCCCAAGCAGAGCCCUGUAGACGCUGCUCCAUCCGCCAGCGCAUCUCCUGAACAAUACGAUGAGGCGAAAGCUACGGCAGCUGGCUCGGAGCUACCCUCCCAGGGAUCGGAUGACACCGCCAAAGACGAGGAGGACUCCGGUCCGUCUUUGGUGAUCACCCUGCUGUUGAUAACGGGCUCGCGGCACCCUUUCAAGAUCGACGCGAAUUAUCUCCGGAAGCGGUCGGUAAAUGUGGAAAACUAUGAUCCGUUUGCCAUGAGCGUAUACACCCUGAAGGAAUUGAUAUGGCGUGAAUGGCGGCAAGACUGGGAAACGCGGCCGUCAUCGCCGAGCUCGAUCCGGCUUAUCUCAUUCGGCAAGCUACUGGACGACAAAGCUCCAUUAUCCGACUCCAAAUUCAGCCGGGACGCUCCCAACGUAGUCCACAUGACUGUGAAACCCCAAGAACUUGUCGAUGAAGAAGACGCCAAAGGCUCCAAGGCCCAGUACCCACGCGAGCGGGAGUCCAGCGAGCGUAGCCCUGGCUGUCGCUGUAUCAUUCAAUGAGCGGGAGCUGUUGUCGCGCGAAUCGACAGAAGCCAGAUACUACAGGCGGUCCUCCAUGCUGUGCUCUAGAGGAUUCGUCGAACACCCCGUUGCCCUUUGCCACUGUUGCAAAGGCAAAGCUAGCUUGCCUCCGCUUGAAGACUUGACACGAGCUUUCUUCAGCUCCUGCCUUGGAGCAUGUUGCUACCUUUUGCUCGAGUCUGCUUUGAUCAUCCGUCAUGCCU